AUGGGUGAUCGAUCAAUACGAACUGCUCGUGGUGUUGACGAAUGGCAUGAUGCAUCAACAGAAAGUUCUGCUACUACAAAUAGGAAUAAUCCUAUAGUAAAAGAUAGUAAUCGUGAACAAUCAACAUCAUCGAAAGAAUCAGAAAAGAAAGUUAAUAGUGGAACCACUAAUACUAAUGUAGAUCGCGGCAUAGGUCCCGCACCUUUAUGUUAUGAAGAAAAAGCUAUAAAAGAACGCGAAAAUUGUGAUUAUUCAAUUAAAAUUACUUUAGAUAUGGCUAAAAAUGGUACAGCACCACGAAAAAUACGUAUACUUGUUGAUGGUGUGUAUGAUUUACUUCAUCCUGGUCAUACUCGACAAUUGAUGCAAGCAAAAAAUUUAUUUAAAAAUAUCUAUUUACUUGUUGGUGUUUGCAAUGAUGAGGUAACACAUAGUAAAAAAGGUAGAACAGUUAUGGAUGAAGCUGAACGUUAUGAAAGUGUUCGACAUUGUCAAUAUGUUGAUGAAGUUGUAACAGAUACACCAUGGGUAAUUGAUGAUGAGUUUUUAACAAAAAAUAAAAUUGAUUUUGUGGCUCAUGAUGAAAUACCAUAUGAAUCUGAAGGCCGUGAUGAUGUUUAUAAACUUCUUAAAGCUCGCGGUAUGUUUGUUACUACUCAACGUACUGAAGGUAUUUCAACAACUGAUUUAAUUAAUCGUAUUGUUCGUGAUUAUGAUAUGUAUGUUCGACGAAAUUUAACUCGUGGUUAUUCUGCUCAAGAUUUAAAUGUUGGAUUUAUAAAAAAAAAUAAACUAGAAAUUCAAUCAAAAAUUGAUACAGUAAAAUCGAAAUUUCGUACAUAUGAAGAAGAAUCAAAAACAUUUAUGGAACGUUGGGAAGAUCGUAGUAAAGAAUAUAUUCGUAGUUUUAUUGAUUUAUUUGAACGAACAGGUGUUUUAAAUUUACUUUAUCGAACAGGAUCACAACUUAUGAUAACAAGUGGUAAAAGUAAUGCAUAUAAUAAUGAUAUAACAUCACCCAAAUGA